AUGGCUGCACUGGAGUCGUUGAAUUUUGAUGUAGAUGGUGCUGUUCACUACAUUCACUGUGUGUUGUCCAAUGUACCGCUACAGUUGUCUGUAUCGGAAUUAGGCCCAAAGGUAGUCCCUGAUCCGAACAGUGCAAUUGUAAUGCAAAUGGAUUCUAUUGGGUUUCGCGUUAUUCCGCAUCGUCUUCAUAUUUAUAAAGAGCCACUUAGUACAAAAUUUGGUUUUGUUACCUUUUUUAUUGCGCAGGCACCUUCACCCGCAUCUUCUGUGGAGCGGGAUACAGAAAUGAUAGCAACUCCAGCGAAAGUACAUGAACUGGCGACAACGUGGGUUCGUCAAGAUCUCACCAAACAACUGGCGUCUAUUGGAGUUAAAGUGCAAUUAGGGCAACCACUGAAGUGUUAUUCUUCUGUUCCUUUCCUACGGGCACUAAAUGAGAAAUGUUCUUUUUUGGACGCUGAAAUCGUAAAGGAUACUAAGAAGUUAGAAACAUUUCUUUUGACUAAAAUGGCAUUCGAUGAUGAGUCGAUAAAUAAUAAGAAAAAUAAGAAGAAACAUGUGGAAAAAUCUCCAAGUAAAGAUAAUAAUACAGAAGAAUCUUGGAAUACAGUUGGUUCAUUACAUGUGUCUUCAUUGAAUUCUAGAGAAUUGUUGUGGCUGAGUCAACAAAACCGCCGAUUUCCUCCCAUUCUGGUGACGAACGAUGACUUUGCACAUGCGACAUGUGAUCAAUCUGCACUACGAUCGUUUUUGGAAAAUACACUUAAUCCAAUUGUUGAGGUAUUACCAUAG